AUGCUUCAAGUCUGCGUUACAUCUGGUCCUAAUAAGCCUGCAGACAUCUUUAGCUUUUUGGAACCAUUUCUUACUGAAGUGCACGAACUUUCUGAGAGUGGCAUGAUUGUACGGAUAGGAAGCGAUACACUCAAAGUGAAAGGACAUCUUAUGUUUGUUGGUGGAGAUAUUCCUGCGGUUGCCAAGAUGUGUGGGCAUGCUGGUCAUAACCAUUAUCAUGGUUGCCGAUUCUGCACUAUCCGUGGGAAUGGAAGAGAUGAAGCUCAAGCUGAUCACCAGCCCAAAGCAAGCAUUCGUCUCUCACAAACAUUUCAAAUCUCCGAUCAAUGCCUUGGUCAACAGAAGGCAAGCCCAUUUGUAACAUUGUCAUCAUUCCAUGGUGCAACUUUUUUUCUGGUUGACCCUAUGCACCUGCUCGGUCCCGGGAUUGGUAAGCAGCUCUGGCGACUUAUCCUUGGUGACUAUGGCGAAUCCGCAAAUCCCUUCUAUCUGUUGCCCAAAAAUCGCCAAUUGAUUGGAGCCAGAAUUGCAGCCUCGAGAAGUCUGAUACCAUCUUCUUUUGCCGGUGACUGUGGCGAUGUAGCAACUCAAAGUGGCUUCUACCGUGCAGUGGAUUGGAUUCACUUUGUGCGAUUUUUCGUUCCAACUAUUGUACUUGAAUUCUACACAGACCCUGGUGUACGGAAAGCCAUCAUUGAUCUGAGCGAGAUCUACUGCUACGCGCUUAGUCGUGAACUCUCAGUAAACCAAAUCAGGUCAUUGAAAGUCACUGUCUUUUCAUGGACUGCAUAG